GUAUUUUGAAGACUCUAUUAAUGAUACAAACAUUGCAAACGUGUGUUUGACUGCAAAACAAUACAUACAAUGACUAACUGUUUACUGAUUUGUUGACCAAAUGAUGACAACCAGUGGUGACAACAAUGACUAUCAUUGACUCCAAUGACCAGUUUGUGGUCAGACAUCGCAAGAAUGUCAGACCAUUGACGGCACGGAUUCAUUCAAAUGAUGACCAAACAGUCGACAAUUCAAGUGAUUCACAAAACAACGAUUUGGUGGCAAACGAGACACUCGUUAACCGAUUCAGUCUUUAUGUCACAUAUUAUCUGUUGUUUAUUGUGAAUACCAUAAGACUCGUCAUCUUCAGGAUUACUGGCAUAAGAAGUGUUGAGCCAACCAAACAAAUACUGAAUAAUUUGUUGCAAAAGUUUCCUUUAGAUGACUCGUCUUCACUCUCACCUGAAGAACGCUUUGAGCAGACAUUGAGUGACAAUGACUUUGAUUUGGCCCUCGAAUUGGCCGUUGAAUACGGCUUUGACAAAGAUUUAGUGUAUCAGCCGAUGUGGAGGAAUAGCCAAAUAUGUCAAGAGUCAGUCGAUAAUGUCUUAAGCAAAAUAACUAAACAGAUGUGGAUUUUGAGAGAAUCUAUUGAAUGUGUGGCCGAAGACAUGGAUUCAAUGAAAUAUUUGCUUCAAUUUGGUCUCAAUCUUACUAAUUAUGAUAACUUUAAAAGUCAUUUUUAUAGUCGCGUUAAUUCAAAUACAAUUGAUAUUAAAACACAUGAAGAAGUGGAUGACUAUAGCGAAUGCAAUGACAAUAAAAUAGAUUGGAAUCAAUUGUCUUUGGAGUCAAAGCAGGUCCUCAUUUGGCGCAAACGUCUCUUACAAUAUUUGGAUCGUUUGAAUGUCUAUCAAAUGAUUCUCAGUUAUCGCAAUCGUCAACACAUUAACAGUAGAUAUAAUCAUAAGUUUUAUCAAAUGUUUCGUGAAAUGUCUUCAUUAGAAGCAGCCAUUCAUUUUGGCCACAAUUCAGAUUAUAACGCCAUCUCAAUACUGUUGACUUAUGAGCCGAAAGAUAUCUUAGAGCACAGAUUGGUUAUACUGUCGAAUAUUGAUGAGACACUGUCACCUAAAAGGUAUUCAUCACUAUUACCUAAAUUGGUUUCACCUAAGAUUAAAGGAUAUGAAGUGUAUGGAUGGAACCAAAUUCUUCUAAGAGAAGAAGAUUGGAUCGAAUCAGAGUUUGACUCAAUCCAUGGCCUCAAUAGUAGUCAAUUUGAGGCUGACUUUUACGCGGAAAACACACAUUUAUUACACUAUAAAUGUAAACAUUUAUCAAAAUCAUUGGUAACGCAAUGGUAUUCAGAGAGAAGUCGGCAGAUAUUAGCCCUAACAUGGAUUGUGUCCAAUGCUCUUGAUUUGGUCGAAAUUGGUAUAAAACAUUUGGUCCCAAAUCUUGAUAAUCUUUGUCUAGAUCUCGACAUUUUUUCAUUAGUUGUUUACGAAUCACACUUCGAAUAUGAUAUUGAUUUCAAUGAAUUUCAAGAGUAUUCACAUAAACAGAAAAUUGAUGUUUUGAUGACUUCUGCCCUCAAUGACGAACAAGAGUUUUUGAAUUUUAUUUAUAAUUAUCUUAAUAUUUAUAUAAUUAAGAUAUGUAAAGAUGAUCCAAAACAACUGAAAUCAAUUGGCAGACAGUUAUUUAAAGACUAUUUGUUAUCUGUAGCUAAAAUUGAUUUAAACUUUUGCCUUAAAGUGUUUGAAAAUUCCAGUUUAAGUAAUACUGAAAUCGAUAGACAAAACAAAAAGCCUUUAAUUGAAGAUCCGUGUGAUUUGAUUGAGUUUGCAAUCGACUGUAUCUAUGAAUCGCAAAAUUCAGAGCAAUUAGAAACUUGUUUUAAAAUUAUGGAGUGUUUACCACAAAGAGAUAUGAUUCCACUUAUUGCUGGCAAUGAUAUAACUAAAAUCAAUCAAUUAAAUCAUUUAAAUGAUUUGGCCGACAAACUUGAGAACUAUUUAGUUGUCGCGGAAAUUAUUGAACAAUACGAUACUCCACCCACUAUUCAGGAGAUCAGAGACCUCGAGAUCACCAAUAAUAAAGAAGAAGUUAAACAACUAUUUAUUAGAUUAACAAGAAGUUGUUGUAAGAAAGAUAAAGCUUUUACUGUUAAUCAAUGGAUUGAAGUUUUCAAGAACUUAGAAGAAGUCUGGAAAAUGUGUUUUAGUGACAACAUUACUGAGGAUCAGUUGUUUGAGAUAUUUGUGCAGACAUUGCUUUGUUCAUCACAAAAGUCAAACUUUGCUUUAGCCGCGACUUAUAUGCAAUUAGAAACCGAAUCAAAAUCUAAGAAAAAACUUAUUCCAAUACAGAAGACUAAGAAGUUAUUGUUAAAUGCGGCUCAAGAGUACAUAAACUCAUCCGAUUCGAGUCACGAUUACAAUAUUGUUUUGGCAAAAGAAUGUCUUGAAAUGCUCGAUGAGAAGGAACAACAAAAAGAUACACUAAUUCUUGAAGAACUAAAUUUAAUUGAAAGUUUAAAUUUGAUUGAAAACAAUUUUAAUCUGAAAUUAUUACCGAUUCAAAUCCGACUCAUACCUCAACCACGGAUUGAAAUAAUUGAGAAGAUAUUGAAGUCUUCACCAAAAGCCUAUACAAAGACAUUACAAAUAUUAAAAAUUGCAAAAUUGUUAGAUAUCUGCCAUGACUUCGGAAGUGAUUUUAUGAAUGGAACCAUUUUAUCAUUGAUUGCAAACAUGGCCUUAAAUAGUCAUGACUUUAAACAUUGUUUCAAUUGUUGUGAAAUGAUUAUCAAAAAUAGUUAUAAAAUUGGUUGGAAAGUAUGUCUUGAGUUAGGACUUAAUGAUAAAUAUGAUAUCAUUGAAAAUAAACUCUAUUUGUUAUGUUUUGCUGUCACUUAUUGUGAUAACAACAAUGAAAACAAUGAUCAAAACAUAUUGGAUAUAAUUAAUGCAAUUAAAAAUUUAAAGCAAAAUCAUAGCAUUAAGUUUGUUAAGAAUUGGUGA